CCGCAGCACCCGCCCUCCAACAAGUCGCUGUACGAUCUGAUCUCCGAGAGCCCUCACACCACCAUCCUAGCCCGCAUCGUGCACGACGACUCGCACCUGGUGGAGCUGCUGAACCGCACGGCCGCCAACCUCACCCUCUUCGCGCCCACCGACGAAGCGUUUGCCAAAAUCCCGCAUCACCACCACGACAAACACCGUCACGAUGACGACGACGACGACGACGACCACCACCACCACCAUCACAAACCACCGCGCGAACUCAUCCGCGCGGUACUGAAAUACCACCUCGUGUCGGCGGUGUACAGCCCGGCGGAGCUCUUCCACGCGCACACGCUGCCCACCCUGCUGACGGAGCCGCAGCUCAGCCCUAAGCCCCCGGCCCCCGGCCGCAGCAGCGCCAGCUCACCCCAAAACGACGAGGAGAGAAGGGACUCCUCGCUCCCGCAGCGCCUGAGCAUCAGCACGACGCUGCACGGCCCGACGCUGAACCACUACAGCCGGAUCCUGGCGACGGAGAAACGCGCCGCCAACGGGGCGCUGUACACGAUCGACGCGAUCCUGCUCCCGCCGCCGUCGCUGCUGACGCUGGCCACCAUCGUGCCCACGCAAUUCAGCACCCUGGCGCUCGCCCUCCACCGCACGGGUCUCGCGGCCCGACUGAACCAUACCCAUCCCCAUCCCCAUCCCCAUCCCAAACCCGGGGACCCGGACCCCAGAUCCCAUGGAACAGGUACAGGUACAGGGCAGGGGGGAACAUACUUCCUCCCGACGAACCGCGCCUUCAGCAGACUGGGGUACAAGGCCAACGCGUUCCUGUUCUCGGAGCACGGGACGCCGUACCUCCGUGCGCUGCUGGAGUAUCAUCUCGUGCCGCGGCGUACGCUCUACUCGGAUGUGGAGUAUACAACUUCUGGAGAGAUCGAGGCGGUGCAUGGGCUCAAGCAUUUUGAUUUGGAGACGAUGCUAGACGGGCGCACGGUGGGCGUUGAGGUGGCGAAUUUGGGGCCGUGGGGCGGCGUUACUGUUUCUGGGGUGCGGGUGGGGGUUAGGGAUUUGGUGGUGCGGGAUGGGGUGGGCCAUGUUCUUACUCGUUCUGUGAUUGUGCCUAGGUGUGAUGGGGGUGAGGGGGGUGAGUUUGGGGAUGGAGAUGGGGAGGGGGAGAUGGCGGUUGAGGAGUUGGUGGGCAGGUUGCGGGGUUUGGUGGAUGGAGGUUCUGAGUCUGAUGGGAGGGAGGAG